AUGCCUGAAAAGCUUCAAACGUUUUUAGUAAAUGUUACCAUUAUUGAAGGCCGUCAUUACUUCUGGCCCAACAUGAAUUCAGUAGUCGUCAUUAAAAUUGAUAACCAGAAAAAAUGUACARCUAUCAAAUACAACACGGACUCCCCCUACUACAAUGAGUUUUUUGUAUUUGAAUUUCUAACAACUCUCGAUAAAAUGCUUGAUAAAAACGUGACAAUCACUGUGAUCAAACCUGGGAGUGUGAUUCGUAAACGUAAAAUUCUCGGCUUCACGUCGUUUGAUGUUGGUACCAUAUGGUUCCAGAAAGAUCAUCAGCUGUACCACAAAUGGGCUAUUCUCUCAGCCSCGAGCAAAGAGUACGCCGGUGGUACCAGAGGGUACCUCAAACUAGACGUUAGUGUCUUGUCCAAAGGCGAGAUGCCCAAAAUUCCCCCAACUGUAGACACCAACGAGAUUGAAGGGCAYCUUUUCCUACCAAGYGGGGUUACCACAGAGAGACAAAGGGUGAUUUUUAUUUUUGAUGUUUACAAAGGAGUCGAUUUGGUUAAAAAAAACCCGAUACAGGAAUUAAAACGASCGGAAAAUGCACCAAACACGACAAUUGAAAUUUGUUUUUCGAGUGUUAACGUCAAGACUAGUACCAAAAAGGCUUCGACUGCUCCUGUCUGGAACGAACGUCUGGUACUCCCUGAACUUUUUCCUCCUCUCUGUCAAAGAUUCAGAAUCGAGCUUUACCACGACGGCAAUAAACGAUCCACUUGUUAUCUAAACCUGAAAAGUAUUUCAAAUGACAAAGAAGAAGGGUUUUUGCCUACAUUUGGGCCUGCGUUUCUUCAUUUUUAUUCCCCGAACCAUCUGGAAGGUUACUUGGGCAAGGUACUCCUCGCCCUUCAGACUUCUCUUUUGGGAGAAAUAGCCGAAUACGAAGUCAAACACAGUACAACAUAUCCUGAAGCUCCUCUUUUGAAAGAACACACSUUUAUCAAAUAUGAAAAUAUAGUCUUGCAUGCGACCAUUUUUGAUACCACUAUGAUCAAUAAACGAUUUUCGGAUAAGGCAAUCUCGUUUCGAAUUUCUUGUGGUGCUCUUCAGAGUGAAGCAAGUGGGGAAAAAGUCGCUGCGAUGGUUACAUUACCAGUCAAACCAAAAAUUAUGAACAAAAACUACUGCUACUUGCCYAUAACCGGGAAAAAAGCUUGCAUUUAUGUGACUUUGUCGUUACCUGAUGUUAGGAAACGAAUGUUCAAUUAUAAUUUUUUGAGCAAAAUGCUAAAAGAUUUGAAGUCUAGAUUGGACAAGAUUGAAUAUAUCGUUCAAAAUAAAGACUAUGAAAUUGCCAGUASUCAGACUGAAGCUCUCUUGUUGGAAACUGCCGACUUUAUUUCUUUUGCUUCGGGAAAAUAUAUUGAUAUAGUAGCGAAUUAUAAUCUCACUGAAGAGACGUUUUUAGAYCAAAGUCGGAUAAAAAUGUCUUUGAAAGAAAUGGAAUCGGUWAAAGUUGUGGCACAGACGCUUUCAGUUGAACAAAACAAGAAGAAAGUUUUCCAAAAAAUUGAAAAAAUCUAUAGCAAAAUUGAAACUCUAGUCGACGAUUUGGAAGAUUGGCCUUUGAUUUAUUUCUGGAUGAUCUAUGGUACUAAAAGAGUAGCUUAUUUGUUUCUUCAACCACGUGACUUUCUUCAUUCCACCGUCGAUGAAGAAAAGGGCAUCCAUUGCGGGAAGCUACGCUCCUUUUAUUUCCAAACUGAAGACUCCCCAAACCUUCCCGAAAUCAUAACCAGUGUUUGCAAAAUGGAUGCCAUAAUCUGGAUGGGUUUACCACGACAUCUGACCAUUUAUCAACCUGAAGGUUUUUUAUUUUCACGCGAAACUAUCCCUCGGUCGAUGAAAACACAAGAAACGUACAAUUUCGAAGCACGAGUUUACAUAUUUCAAGGGAGGUUUACUCCAGGGUCGGACAAAAGUGGUCUUUCUGAUCCUUUUGUCCACGUUAUUAUUUCAGCUCAGUUUAAAGAAACUCAUGUUUUGCAAAAAACUUUAAAUCCUGUUUGGGAUCAAACACUGAUUUUUAAAAAUGUUGAGYUGUAUGGAACUCGGGACUUUAUCACUGCUAAUCCUCCAAGUGUCUUCAUUGAGAUUUUUGACAAAGAUGAAUGUCAACAAAUCGAAGUAAUUGGAAAAUGURUCCUCAAACCRACUAUUAAAACCUUGAAAGGACAACGAGGUCCUGGUCCUCUUAGACUAACUUGGUACCAAGUGCAYAAUGUGUUUGAUGUCAGUGCCGAAAUUUUGGCAGCUGCUGAACUCCUUGAAGUUUCUACAAAAAGUGUAGAAACACGUCGCGAGCCAAUCAUCAAAAUACCUCCCGAUAUUAAACCACAUUUGAUCAGCCAUCGAAUCGAAGUCGUUUUYUGGGGRGUCAGAGACCUGAAAAAGGUUCAAAUGGCACAAAUUAACAAACCAAAAGUUGUAGUCGAACUUGGUACUAUUUUGGUAUCAUCUGAUACUCUAUCAAACGCCAAGAAACACUUAAAUUUUUCAAAUCCGAUCAAGUCUAUUGAAGCAAGUUUUCCGGAAGAGGAAGCAUACGCACCCACCUUAUCUYUAAAAAUGUACGAUAGUCGAAAUUUUGGUAUUAGUGUCCUUGCUGGUACUCACAUCAUGGCGAUGCAAAUGUUUUUCUAUCAGCCUCAAACCUCGGAAGAAAGAAAUUUCAAGUUGAUGACUGUGCGARGAAACUYGCUUGAUUUUGACGAAUCCAUUGAGUCCCUUAUUCAGAAAUUAGAAAAAGUACAAUCAUCCGAAACAAAAAUACAGUUUGAGAAAAAACUCAAAACGGAAAGUAAGUGGCGGAAAUUUUUCAACUGUUUGACUUGCAGAAGAARRAAGAAACCAUCACCACCAAAACCAUUAGAAUUGGAAGAACCAGAAAUUGAAGAUAGUAGCGAUUUUGACUGGUGGACCAAGUUUUACGCCUCUUUGGAAGUAUUUUUUGACCAAUGA